GGCGUUCGUAACAAUCGUAUCACAGAGUUCAAAUUUAAUAAAUGUCUUUACAACGCUAUGUACGGCAGACGCUACACACAUUGUGAAUCGGUAGCACAUACAAGCUGUUGUGAUCAGCCACCAACAUGAUGAACGCGAUGCAAUCCAAUGAACAAGAGUUCGCAGAGCUUUCGUCGCACAUCCGCAACAUGAUCGAGACUUCUAGUAUGGAUCCUGUGCGUCAAUGCCCAAGCCGUUUUGUUUACGAGCCCACACUCCCAUUUUGUUAAACCCGCCUCCAGUUCGGCGAAACGCAGAGCUGUUGAAACCGUGGAGGCUGAUUUGGAUGAACUCUCAGAUAUCGUUGAGCAGAUGGAACUAGAAGCGCGAGAGUAUAGUCAGCCACAGCGAGGACAGCUACUGCAACGUGUGGAGACUUACAGACAAGAUGCUCAGGUGAUCAAGAAAGAGCUGCGCAAGGCUGCUGUGGCGUAUACCGAGCACUUGCGGGACGAACUCGUAGGGGAUGCCGGUGGGUACGAUAACGAGGAUAUGACGGGCAGUGACUCAAGGCAGCUGCUGCUGCGAGACACGGAACGGAUACAGCAGACCAGCAGAAAUCUGCAGAGUGCGCAACGGCAGGCGCUUGAGAUCGAACAGGUGGGCAUUGGUAUCAUGGAUAAUCUGAACUCACAGAGGGAGACGAUCAACCACGCGCGUACAACGCUGGAUGAGACAGACUCCAACCUGAAACGGAGUAUGCGCGUGGCCAAUGCGAUGGCACGGCGGAUUGUGCAGAACAAGGUGCUCAUGUACCUGAUUAUAGGAAGCAUCCUGGCGCUGAUAGCGCUUAUCAUAUACCUGAAGGUUACGUAAGUGGUCUGUGCGUAGUACGCAAAUGAUCAGCAAAUUCAUUAAAAUGGACAUAGUAGUGUGGCAAUGGCCGGUAAUGUAGUCGGUGCCACAUUGUAGUCUGGCUUAGCGUGGGGUGUUUU